CGAAUGGCAUGCAUUAAACUAUAUAAAAAAAGUAUAUUAUAAAAAAUCAAAUGAAAAAUAUCAAGUGCCAUCUAUAAGAUAAUUUACUUUUUUGAACUACAAGAAAGUUGGUACUACAAAGUACAAGUACAUCAAUAUACCUAAUAACAUAUUCAUAUUAUACUGUGUUUGAGUCAUGAAGACUAGAAUACGAUUUUAGUCUUCGUGGUCUUCGAGUACAUCGUACUGCAUCCCUGUUUUCAAUUACAUUAUAACCUCCGAAGACAUAAUUUAUAACCUCUUGUCAAUAGUGACGUGUCAUUUACUCUUUACAUUUAAUUUUGUUUCUUUUAUUGUUCGUUCCACUUCUGUGUAUAGAUUUAACAUUAUAAUUUAUAUUGACUAUAACACGCGACGACUUACUUGUAACUUUAGUAUAUUAAUACUAGUUUAUUUACGGUUUGCUUUUUUGAAUAGAUAUAACAUCGAGAAAGAACAAAUAUUUCAAUCGAAAAGCAGGAUACAAAUGUAAAUACCAGCUAAAGAUAGGAGAAAAAAUGUACAAGAAUAGAUACAUAGACAAAAAUGACAAACGUCAAAAUUCUCAAGGUAGAAGAAUAAGAACAAAUCCAACAACAAAUUCAGAAAAUAUUCAAUUUAAAAUUAAAUCAGCCAAACAGCAGAAUGAACAGACAGACUCAAGUAGUUCUAAGCCUAAGAAAAAAGGGGGAAAAAAUGAGAAUACUGGAAAUAAACAAGAAAAAUCAAAAUUCAAACAAAACUCUGAAAAUAGACAAAAAAGAUGGAGAGGAAAAACAAUUGAACAUAAAGAAAAAUCUGAAAAUGGAAAUACUAAAAAAAAUAAAAUAGAAAAAUAUAGUUUUGGAAUUGAGCGCCUUGCAGAGUUAUGUUGUAAGGACCCUUCUGAAAUUGUAUUUGUGAUGUCUAAUAAAGUAAAUGGAUUCAUGGAAUUAUUUAAACAAAAUAAAGAACCAGAUUGGAUUUUUUUGCUUAUGAAAGUUUCAGCUAAGAUUUGUUCUAGUGAAUUGAUACAAAGUAAACAUUUUUUAUUAACAGAACUAACAUGUAGUCAAUUUUUUGAUCACUUAAAAACAUAUAUAUUGAGUACACCGACAGAAAAAAAUUUAAAGCGAUGCAACAAUAUGAAUAUAUUUUAUGAAGAUUGUUUAGUAGUGUUUCAAUCUAUAACUACAUUAUUUCCAAAAACAGCAGAAGAAAAAUUAAAGGAAAUAAUAGUAAGUAGUAAUAUAGCUUUAAAUGGUAUAAAAAGUUUUUGUAAUCUUAUUAAAAUAAAUGAAACUACAAUAGAAAAAAUGAAUGACCUGCUUCAAAAAAUCAAUGACACUAAAUUAACAGAAGAAUUAAAAUUGAAAGAAAAAUUGAUAAUUGAAAAUGUUGCACAACUGGUGACCCCACUGGAAAAUUUUAGAGAACUAACUGUAUAUCCAACCGUAAUAGAUCUUGAAUCAGAAGAACCAUUUUUACGACCUAAUAUCUCAAAAGGAGCUUAUCAGAAUGUAGAACACUAUUUAGAUGUUCAAUUUCGUCUUUUACGGGAAGAUUUUAUUGCUCCAUUACGAGAAGGUAUACAAUUUUAUAAAAGCAAAAUAAAUGAUCAACAACUACAUACACGGCGAAAAAAAAUAAAUAAUAUACGUAUUUAUAGUGAUGUUGAAUUUGAAAAAGAAGGUGAAUUUGUUCGUAAUAAAUAUGGUUAUCUGAUAAACUUUGACAUAAAAAAUAAAUUAAAAAUUGAUUGGGAACUGGCAAAACGGUUUAUGUGUGGUUCUUUACUAGUAUUUUCUGGAAAUAAUUUUAGGACCUUUUUUUUGGGUAUUGUAAUGGAUCGAAAGAUUGAGCUUUUAAAAAAAGGAAAGUUAAUAGUGCAAUUAUUAGAAGCUGCAAAACCUAUAUUUAAUACAUCUCUUACUAUGGUAGAGAGUGAAGUAUUUUUUGAACCAUAUAAAUGUUCGAUGGAAGUUCUUAAAAAUAUUAAUAGUGAUAAUUUCCCUAUGGAAAAGUAUAUAAUAUCAGCUUGUAAUCAGUUAGAUUAUCCAUAUUAUAUUGAUGAAUUGCCUGAACUCACCUACUAUGAAAUUGAUAAACUAGCCAAAUUCCAAGUACUGAGUCAAAAUCAAUGGCCUACUAAAGAACAGCUAGGACUUGAUGAAAUGCAAUUUGGAGCAUUUAAAGCGGCACUGACACAAGAAUUUACAGUUAUUCAAGGACCACCUGGUACUGGAAAAACGUUCAUUGGAUUGAAAAUUAUGAAAACAAUUAUAAAUAAUUUAUACCACAAGCGAUUUCUCACCAAACCAAUUUUAGUAGUGUGUUACACAAAUCAUGCUUUAGAUCAGUUUAUGGAAGGUAUAUUGAGUUUCACAAAAAAAGUUGUUAGAAUUGGAGGUCAAUCUAAGUCAGAAAUAUUAGAAAAAUACAGUUUAAGGAAUAUAUCUCGUACUUACACUCCAAGAUCCAAAAUUACCUCCAAAGGUCUAAGAAAUAUUGAAGAACAAGUCAAAACUACUAUGGAGAACAUAAAAUAUUUUAAGGAAUGUAGUGAAGUUGUAUCAUACAAUGCUGGAAUUUUAGAGUUAUCAUUGUUAAAAAAUGGUAUGCCCAAACAUUAUCAUUAUUUUUUUAAAACAAACUUAGAUCUUCUCUCUUGGUUAUUCAAAGAUUUUAAUUAUUUUGGUGUAGAUCCUAUAGGGUUUAUAAUUGGAAUAAAGAAUCAAUUGAUAAAUAAUGUUUUUCAUUCAGAAAAAUUGUUAGAAAUUAAACAAGUAGAUGACAAUGAUGAUGAAGCAAAACAAUAUGAAUCAAAUAACUUAGAUUUAAAACGUAAUCAUAAAAAUGUUGUUAUUUAUAUUAUCACAUUAUAUGACAUAAGAGAAGCUUGUAAUGAACAAUAUGAAGAGAGUGUACGAUUAGAGAAUCAAUCAAGUUUUGAUGCAAAAUGUCUUAAUGAAUCUGAAGAAGCCAAAUUCAACUUAUGUGUAAUGGAAAAUAUACAUAAUUAUUUUGUUAAAAUGAUGAAUUUGAUUGAUGUUGAUAUGGUAGUACCACAAUCAAUAAAAAAAUUAAAUAAACUAAAUAUGCGACAAAGAUGGUCUUUAUAUUUCCGUUGGGUAAAAGAAACAAAAGAUAUGUUCGAUCCAAAAAUAAUAAAUUGUGAACAAAAGUAUAGUCAAGUUUAUAAGCAAUAUGCAGAAUUAAGAGAGUUGGAAAAUAUAGAGCUUUUAAACAAGAUGCAUGUAGUAGCAUUAACAACUACUGGUGCAGCUAAACACCGAAUAAUGCUGGAAGGAUUAAAAUCACCAAUUGUGGUUGUUGAAGAAGCUGCCGAAGUUUUAGAGGCACACAUUGUUUCUUCUUUAACAAGUCACUGCCAACACCUUAUAUUAAUAGGUGACCAUAAGCAACUACGUCCUAGUAAUGCAGUUUACAAAUUGGCAAAAGAUUUUAAUUUUGAUAUUUCGUUGUUUGAACGUAUGGUCAAUAAUGGAGUACCUUGUUACACAUUAGGAGAACAACAUAGAAUGCGUCCUGAAAUAGCAUCUCUUAUAACUCCAUCAAUAUACGAUGAAUUAAAAAAUCAUAUUUCUGUUCACAAUAGAGAACACAUUCGUGGCGUUACCAAAGAUGUAUUCUUCCUAAAUCAUAAUUUAUAUGAAAACGAAGUUGAGGAAACUUCAAGCAAAAGUAAUGAUCAUGAAGCUAGAUUUUUAAUUAUGUUUGCCAGACAUUUAAUUUUACAAGGCUAUACAACUAAUCAAGUGACAAUAUUAACGACUUACAGUGGUCAAUUAUUUAAAAUUCGUUCAUUAAGAAAAAAACAUGCAAUGUUAGAAGACAUGAAAAUCACUGUGGUAGAUAAUUAUCAAGGUGAAGAAAGUGAUAUAAUAUUAUUAUCACUAGUCAGAAGUAAUGAAAAAGGAAAUGUAGGGUUUUUAAAAACUGAAAACAGAAUAUGUGUUGCAUUGUCAAGAGCUAAGUAUGGACUUUACAUAAUGGGGAACAUGGAUAAUUUGUACAAUUCUGGAAAUUUGUGGAAACAAAUAAAAGAAACAUUAGUAAAUCAGGGUUCAUAUGGUGAUGAAUUGACUUUAGAAUGUGCUGUUCAUUCUGGUAUUAUGACAAAGGUUGCAAAAAGUGAAGAUUUUGAUAUUAUUAAGGAAGGUGGUGGUUGUACUAUGAUGUGUAAAUCAUUGCUAUUGUGUGGUCAUUAUUGUACAAGAAUGUGUCAUUCUGAUGACCGUGAGCAUUUGAAAUUUAAAUGCGUGGAGCCGUGUGAAAAGUUCUGUAAUUAUAACCAUCCUUGCAAAAAAACAUGUCACAUGGAUUGUGGAGAUUGUCUUGUGCUAUUGAACAAAGAGUUACCAUGUGGUCACGAAUUAACAUUACAAUGUUUUCUUGAUGUUCUUACUUAUCCGUGUGAAGAAAUGGUAGAAGCUUUCCUAGAAAUAUGUGGUCAUACAAUUUUAAAAAAAUGUCAUGACAAAAAACCCAUCUGUUCAUAUAAAUGUAUAGAUCGAUUAGAAUGUGGUCAUGCUUGUGAAAAAAAUUGUCACAAAAAUGAUGAUCCAGAACACGAGAAGUAUAAAUGCUCAAAACCUUGUGAAAAUAUUAACUUAAAGUGCUCUCUUAAUCACAAAUGUCAAAAUAAGUGCUAUGAAGACUGCUCAUUGUGUACUGUUAAAAUUAAGAAAGUUUUGCCUUGUGGACACACAAAGAAUGAUGUACCUUGUGAAUUAAAUAUUAAUGACAUUAAAUGUAUUCUUCCAUGUACCCGUAAAUUAGCAUGUGUCCAUAAAUGUCAAUCUAAAUGCUAUGAAAAAUGUAAACCUUGUGAAAAUCUAGUAGUAAAAGUUAUACCAGACUGUGGCCAUUCAAUUACAAUGAAAUGUAAAACUUUACCAGAACGUAAACUUUGCACUAAGAAAUGUAACCGAAUUUUAGCUUGUGGGCAUAUGUGUAAGAAUUUAUGUGCAGAAGAAUGUACAACUAAAGAUUGUGAGGAAAUAGUGUUGCAAAAAAAUAGUAAACUUGCUUGUGGUCAUAACCAAGUUUGGGUUUUAUGUUGUGAUAAGGAUAAAGAAUUCAGACUGGACAGCCAAUAUAUACUUGACAAGUGCCGUGAACCAUGUCUACAAAAAUUAAAUUGUAACAAUAUUUGUUUGGGAACAUGUGGAGAAUGUAAACAAGGACGCAUACAUGUACCUUGUAGUGAAAUUUGUAACAAGAUAAACCCAUGCAAUCAUACAUGUAAAUUCCCCUGUAAGGAACGAUGUCCACCUUGUAAUCAAAAAUGCAUCUUUUCAUGCUUGCAUUCUACAUGUAGUCGUCUGUGUGGUAAUGCAUGUGUACCUUGCAAGGAAAAAUGUGAGUGGAAGUGUCCACAUUUGGAAUGCACCAGGAAAUGUUAUGAAAUAUGUAAUCGAAGACCUUGUUAUAAGCCUUGCGCGCUCAAGUUGAUAUGUGGGCAUGAGUGUAUAGGAUUUUGUGGUGAACCAUGUCCCCCUCUAUGCCGCAUUUGUCCAAGGGAUAAAGUUACCACAACAGUUUUUGGCAAUGAAAAUGAUCCAAAUGCAAGGUUUGUUUAUUUAGAAGAUUGUGAACAUAUUAUAGAAUCUGAAGCAUUAAGAGAUUGGAUGAACCUAAAUGAUGAAGAUAUAUGUUUGAAACAGUGUCCAUUAUGUAAGAUACCUAUUUUAAAAACCCAACGUUUUAUGAACCAUGUAAAAGUAAUAUUAGAAGAUAUAUCAAAAAUAAAAAUAAAACAAUAUGGAGAAGUAGCUGCAAUUCGCGGAAAAACAAAGACAAUAAUUGAUUCUUUAAACUAUUUGAAUAAUAAUUUUAUUUUUAAUUAUAUUGGUGACAAUAGAUGUGAUGGUAUCAAACCUUUAUGGGAUAAAUUUUGCCAGCCUUUAUUAAGGUUUUCAGAUAAUAAACGUUCAAAGUUCCUUUUACCUGCCAAUGAUAUUGAAUCAUUAAAUUUUGUCAUUGAUUUGUUCAAAACUACUUCAAAGUAUAAAUGUAGAAUUAAUGAAUUCAAUGAUAGCCAAAGAAAACAAACUAUCAUUAAUCACUUUGAUUGGAUUCUUUCUGUUGCAUUCACUUAUGCGCAGCAGUUGUCAUAUCAACAAAAAUUUGAUAUCAACAUGGAGAUGGCGCGUGGUGCAAGGAUUAUGAGUUUAUUUGAGAUUUUGUCAAAUUCAAAAUUUCAGAAGGCACUUGAUAUGGAUAGUUCUUAUGCGAUUCAGUUGAAAGUUAUAAUAGGCAAAAUGGAAGCUCUAUUAAUGUCUUGUAAAAUAUAUACUGUUGACAGAGAUAUAGAAAUAAAAAAAUUUACUGAGUUGAUUUAUGAUAAAUUUGAUGGGAUGGCAGUCAUAAAUGUUGAAGAAAGACAGAUAAUUUAUGCCACUAUAUCCACCAGUUUUUCGAAAUGCAUUAAAGCUCAAGGGCAUUGGCGUAAAUGUCGGAAUGGCCACUUUUAUUGUGUUAUGGAAUGUGGAGUUCCAAUGAAGCAGUCUGUUUGUCCUAAAUGUAAAGUAUAAAUUGGGAAUCGAGUCACAGACGGAUGUCGCUAGAAAAACAAUAAAUUAGAAUAAUAAUCUUAUAUUAUCUCAAAAAAUAUGAUUUAAACAGUUUUAAUUUUACAAAGUUUAAUUGUUAUAAUAUUAGAUUUAAUUUAGUUUUUAUAUUAUGAAUUGAUGUUUAAAAUAAUAAUCUUAAGGAAAUGAAAUUGUGGAUUUUGAACUUAAUAGAGUAGUAUAAUUAUACAAUAUAUGAAAACAUUACAAUUACUUUUAAUAUAAUAUAUAGACACAUCACA